AUGUCUACACUAUUCUCUCUCGUCCUUACCGAGGUUGCCAUCCUCCUCUUGUGCAUUGCUCCUAUUUCACUUUCUCUAACUUUUAAGAAGAUUCCAUUGCCAACAGGUGCCACAGGUCCUGCAUCUUUUGCCUUUGACUUGUUUGGUGGACCCUAUGUGGGUGUCCAAGACGGUCGAAUUCUCAAAUAUGAAGGACCCACUACUGGUUUCGUAGAUUUUGCCUUCGACACGCCAACUAGGUCCAAGGCGGUAUGUGAUGGCCAAACUAACGAUUCUUUGGGACCCACCUGUGGGAGGCCAUUUGGUUUGGAUUUCAACAUUUUGACGCAGCAGCUCUACGUAGCUGAUGCAUAUUUUGGGCUUCUGGUGGUGGGAUCUAAUGGAAGGCUGGGAACCAUUCUCGCCAGCGGUGUUAAUGGGACGCGCUUCCGCUUCCUUAAUAGUGUAGGCCUCGACCCAUUAACUGGAGUUGUUUACUUCACAGAAUUUAGUGUUGUUUACCAACUAAGGCAGGUUACUGUGUUGCUAACAAGGCUUUCUGGAGCUGCCGGGGUUGCAGUUAGUGCUGACGGUGCAUUUGUUCUCGUCUCAGAGCAGAUAGGUCGAAGAAUUCAGAGGUUUUGGAUCAAAGGUCCUAAAAGAAAUACGGCCGAAACUUUCUUAACCUUCCAAGGAAGACCAAAUAAAAUCACAAGAACCGGAUUGGGAGAUUUUUUGGUGGCAGUGAAUGUAAUAACAAACCACUCUACCCAAGACGUUCUGCCCACCGUGGUAAGGAUCAAUGCAUUUGGCACUGUUGUAAAAAGGGUGGCACUUGACAGGCAGUAUAACGACACGGGAGUCACUGAAGUUAUAGAACAUCUUGGCGAAUAUUAUAUCGGGUCUCAAUAUGUGAAUGUGACUUUUGUUGGUGUCUAUGGCAUCCUCUAA